CCCCAAGCCACUCACUGCUCCACUGCUCCAGCGGAAUCCGAAGUGAGUGUGGCAAGUCUCUAGAGAGGACCAAAUCUGUCACCGGGGCCACCGUGAUUCUCAUAGCCCUGACGAAAAUGAGUGUCAAGAAGAAAGAUCUUAUCACCUUACAGGAUCCUGAAGCCAAGUACCCGCUGCCCUUGAUUGAGAAGGAGCACAUCAGUCACAACACCAGAAGGUUCCGCUUUGGGCUGCCCUCACCAGACCAUGUCCUGGGGCUUCCUGUCGGUAACUAUGUCCAUCUCUUGGCACAAAUUAACAAUGAAUUGGUGAUCAGGGCUUACACACCUGUCUCCAGUGACGAUGAUCAAGGCUUUGUGGACUUAAUUAUAAAGAUCUACUUCAAAAAUGUGCACCCCAAGUAUCCUGAAGGAGGGAAGAUGACUCAGUACUUGGAGAACAUGAAAAUUGGGGAUACCAUCCUUUUUCGGGGGCCAACAGGGCGCCUGUUCUACAAUGAGCCAGGAACCCUUUUAAUCAAAGCAAACAAAACAAGUGAGCCUGAAAAAAAGCUGGUUCAUCACCUGGGGAUGAUUGCUGGAGGCACAGGCAUUACGCCCAUGCUACAGCUGAUUUGCCACAUCACCAAGGACACCAGCGAUGAGACCAGGAUGUCCCUCCUCUUUGCUAACCAGACAGAAGAGGAUAUCUUGCUGAGAAAGGAGCUAGAAGAAGCCGCCACGACUCAUCACAAACAGUUCAACCUGUGGUAUACCCUGGACAGGCCUCCCAGUGACUGGAAGUAUAGCUCAGGCUUUGUUAGCGCUGACAUGAUCAAGGAGCACCUCCCUCCUCCUGGGGAGGACACACUCAUCCUGGUGUGUGGCCCACCACCUCUGAUCCAGGCGGCAGCUCACCCCAGCCUGGAGCAGCUCGGCUAUACCAAGGACAUGAUUUUUACCUACUAACA